CGGAACAAAAUGCAUUUUGAAAAAAUGGACUUUUGUGAAAAAGUUGUUAUUUUGAAUCCCCCCUAUGAGCAAGUAAAAGAUCAAAUUUAAAAGAAAUUUAUAUCAAAUGAAAGGGAAUUGCUUAAGGAUUCAACUUAUAAAAAUUAUUUUGGUUCAUUCAUUUUUCAAUAAAGAUUUUUUAACAUUUACAAGGAAUGAGUUAAAAAUUUUUAAUAUUUGAGAGUAAUGUCAUUAACUUGAUACGAUUUGUGAUCUUUUGAUGUAUCGUUAAAAGUAAUCGGUCAGUGAGAGCUGAUGAAAAGAGGCAACAGACACAAAACAAAAACACAUCAUGAGUGCAGUUGUUGUUUCGAGGCUAUAUCUAAUAAAACUGAAACUAUUAAACAUUGCAAAUCCAUAUUUUGUAAAUCAUGUAUUCUAAGUUCACUAAAAAUAAAAGGAAAUACGAACUGUUUAAUUUGUUCUGUAGAUGUAAUAACUACUACAUGUCAUUUAUGUGAUUCAAUAAUUCCUGAAGAUCAUGGAAAAAUUUAUUUGACAAAAUGUUGUAAAAAAGAUUAUGCUUUUCAUGUUUUGAGAAAUAUGCAUUUUCACUGUAUAGUGUUUGUCUAUGUUGUGAGUUCUAUCAUGGAGAAGGUAUUCGAUUUAAAAUAAUAAUAUUAAAAAAGAAAUGUAAAAAAUGUAAUACCAAUAAAGGAAAAUAUAGCCUUUACCCUUUUUGUCCGGACUUGUAUUGCAAGGAUUGCAUCAAAACAAUAAACAAAGAAAACCACAUUUGCAAACAUUGAAAAUACAUUUCUAUUAUAAUUUUUUUAUCUUAGAAAAUUCUAAGAACUUACUUUAACUAACACAUUGAAAAACCUUAAAAAACUAUGUUGUUAUAAUAAUUACAUUGAAAUAUAAUUAAUUAUACUCUCUUAUACAUACAUAUAUAAUAAAGGUUAUUAACAAACGCGUUACUUUUUUUAACAACAUACAAUGUAUUUACAAAUACAAAUGAUUUUUAAAAUGUAUUUAUAAAAUAAAUGAAGCUAUUAAUAAUUUUAUUUAAAUAAGGAGAAGUUAAAGCUUAUGUUAUGCACUAUAAAUUAAAAAAAAAAAAUCGUCUUGACUGAUCUUCUACGUGCAAAUGGCUACCAUAGUUAAAACUAAAUAUUCAAGAGUAUCCGCCCAAACCGGGG